AAAUUAAUGGGCCUCCGCCUCUCCGGGGCUCCGCCGCUCCGCCGCUCCGUUCUUAAUUAUUAAGAAAAAACGUUAAUUUUCCCUGGAAAGGAAUUUGAAUUAGCAAUUUUUUCCCGAACCCCGUUUCGGCCCGGCGAACUGAUCUUUUAGAUCUCCUUUUCCAAGACCUCUCUUCACUCUUCCUUUGAAUUUUGAUUUCAAACCCUAGCCCUAACCAAUUUGGCAACAGGUUUUCUUCUAGUGGGAAGCUGAAGGCUCUCUCUUCUAAGGUUGGUUGAUUGGACCAAAUUUUUCAAAAACAGAAAUCCUUUUCAGUCUAUUUGUAUGGAUCCGGAGGCUGCACAGACUGCCCGAGAAUCUCUUGAGCUGGCAUUUCACAUGUCAAACAUUCUUGACACAGGACUUGAUCGACACACCCUUUCUGUCCUCAUUACUCUUUGUGACCUGGGUUUGAACCCUGAGGCACUGGCUGCUGUGGUGAAGGAACUUCGAAGAGAAUCCUGUUCCUCGUCCCCAAUGCCAGAGACUCCAUCAUCUGUUUCCUAGGCAGGUUUGUGGUGUAUUCUGCUAACGGUCAAAGAAAGAAGAAAUUGUAGUUCACUUUUGUUUCAAGCAGGGUCCUUUGCAGAUACAGGUUUUCUUUUCCUUAUGGAAGUGAUUAUUCUCUGAGCUUAUAUUCUCUCACUUCAUAUCCACUGUUA